ACGUCUGAGCGCUGCUGCCUCUUUUCUCUUCCCAUUUAUUUAUUUAUUUAUUUGCCACCGUGAGAAAUAAAGUGCCAGUGUUGAGCAGAGGGAUCAGUAGCUCUUUCCGACCGCGGUGGAUGGUCGGAGACGGAUCGCUUUCUUUUCUUUCACUCACUGUGACUAUUAAAGUUAAACGUGACACGCUGAUGACUUGCGAGCAUCCUCCUGGGAAACUGUGCAUUUCACCGGCUUAACGAGCGUCAGUUCCCAUCUCUUCACUGGAAGAUCAUUUGUUGCUGUCCUACCUCCGCUGUCCAACAGUCCAAAGGCUGUGUUUCAACCCAGCGCACUGACGGAUACGACAGACUCAGAGGAUCACAGAGCUGGAAACUAAGUCCUCAGUGCUACAGUCGGCUGGCUGUGGUCUCAGUAAGAUGCUGCACAAAUUUGAGCUCAACAAGAUGGACUGGCUCACACCUGAGAUGUGAAGUGUGUUAUGUGAGCCAAGGUGUUUUCCCACCUCGCUGGUGGUGGGGAGAGAUGCUGCACUCCGUUGCCAUGACAGCAGAAGUUCUCUUUGUUCUUGGGUUCCUGAUGAGCGGAACUCUGUGUAAUCCUAUAGCAACCUUACCAGUGAGCCGAGAUCGUAUAGAAAGGGUGUUGACCCAAGCCAGGGAGGACAGACAUCAGGACAAGCAGGCCUCUGAGGAGCAGUUGGAUUAUGCUGCUCAGCAGCGACCAGAGGAAAUCAAUGAUUUUGGACCCAAUAGGACCGCUUUCAACCGUGUCAGGCCAAACUUCAGCUCCCUAACACGGAAAUCUAAAGGUGGUAAGUCCCAGGAGUUAUGGAGUGAACAGGACACCCUUAACCAAAUAGAUGAGGGCCCCACCAGUGAUGUCACUCUCUCUCUGGACACCAUUGAUGAGUAUGCCUAUCCAGACUACAGGGGAAAAGGCUGCAUGGAUGAGAGCGGCUUUGUGUUUGCCAUUGGCGAGCAGUUCACCCCAGGCCCUUCAACGUGCCCUUGCCUCUGCACAGAUGAAGGCCCCCUGUGCACCAAGCCAGAAUGUCCCAAGGUCCACCCUCGCUGCAUCAAAGUGGACACCAGCCAAUGCUGCCCACUGUGCAAGGAGAAAAAGAACUACUGUGAGUUUCGGGGCAAGAUCUAUGCCUCACUGGAAGAGUUUAAGGUGUCUCCAUGUGAGAAGUGUCGGUGUGAGCCAAGCGGAGAGGUGCUGUGCUCUGUGGCUGCCUGUCCUCAGACAGAAUGUGUGGACCCAGAGUACGAGCCGGAUCAGUGCUGUCCCAUCUGCAAAAGCGGGCCAAACUGCUACGCGGACACAGAAGUGAUUCCGGCUGGCCGAGAAGUGAAGAUUGACGAGUGUACGAUCUGCUACUGCACAUAUGAGGAGGGCACGUGGCAGAUUGAGCGUCAGGCCACCUGCAGUAAAAACGAGUGCCAGCAGAGCUAAAGACUGGCACAGCGAGAGGGGGGAACAUUGCACAAUUCCAGUGCCAAUCAGCAUGUACACUCUCGGCCUUUCACCCAGUCUACUGGACAUCAGGGUCGGUCAGCAGCCCUCCAGCAUUUCAGCAUUUAUACUGUAGUCACUCCUGUAUGACUGAAAAAUGCUUUUAUGAAAGUUUAUAGUCUACACACAGAAUAUCUAUUUAUCUAUGUAUAAAAUUAUUUAUGGAUAUAAACAAAAUAUAGGGGUAUGCUGAGUUAGUGAAAAAAAAUAUUUUUUACAGCCUCUGUAUUUUAAUAAGCAAUGUAUUGGGCCAGAGGUCAAUCAAACAACAGAAUGUAAAGAACACACACACACACAGCUGUCUUUGGAGGUGAAAACCUCAAUGUCUCAACAUGUGGUGCCAUCCAACAAAGCAAGACACCGGCCCCCUCUACCACCAAAGUGCAGACUAGACCAUUUAUUUCGGAUUGAUCGAUAAAGAUUUACUGUGUAGGAUGACAGUUUAAGCGUUUAAAGAAAAAAAAAAAAAACGAGAGCGAAAAGAGAAAUUCAAGUGGACUUGACUGUUUCCUGAAUACUUUUACCUUUUUUAUUUGGAUGUUCAGAUGUGCUUUAAUUUAAAAG